CCUGGCUCCCGGACGGUGAUUCCCUACCAGCACCCGGCAAUCACCGAGGAACAGUGACAGGGGAGAGCACCAACAUGCUGAUUUGUAUUGCUUUGCAUACCAGAGCAAUACAAAGCAGUUUGUUUCCCUAGUAAAACAGCACACAGUUAACCCUCUGAUUGCCCCACAUGUUUACCCCUUCCUGCCCAGUGUUAUUAGUACAGUGUCAGUGCUUUUUAUUAGCACUGAUCACUGUAUUAGUGUCAUUGGGAUGUCUGUGGCAGUUAGUUCCCCCCCACUGUCAGAAUGCCCGCCGGAGUCCUGCUAAAAGUCACUGAUCACUGCCAUUACUAGUAUAA